AACCGCCACCUGAAAGGCGUCAGUUAUCGAAGUGAAACCCUUAUAAUGCCGCGCAACUUUUGACUCUAAAUAAAAAAUUUUCGCGUCCGAUUCCAAGUUUUAUAAUUAAAUUAGAAAGUGAAAAAUAAAUGAAAAUAAAGAUGGAGUCCUGUGGUAUGAGUGCAAUCAAGUACUUCGUUUUCCUGUUUAAUCUCAUUUUUGCGAUAUCAGGAAUCGGAGUCAUAGCAGCCGGAGCAGCAAUUCUAGCUGAUAUUGGAGACUUCAGCCGUUUUCUAGAGGCAAGAAUUUUGGCUCCUCCAAUUGUACUGAUUGUUGCUGGCGUAAUCGUCUUUAUCAUCGCUUUUCUCGGCUGCUAUGGUGCCAUCAAGGAGAACUACAACAUGCUCAUUGCGUUCUCAGUUGCGCUGCUGAUCAUCCUUAUAAUUGAGCUGGCAGUAGGAAUUGCUGCAGCAGUCUUCAGAAAUGAUUUCAGCAAUGCACUGAUGACCUCCUUGCAAGAUUCGAUGAAAGCUAACACGCAAACAGAUAAAGACGCCUGGAACGCCCUACAGAGCAGGCUGGAAUGCUGUGGAGUGGAAAGUUCCAAGGACUGGGGAAAAUACUCACCUGGGACUGAACUUCCCUACUCUUGCUGCAAAGAUAGUGGACCGAAGGAUUCUUGUGAGACCUAUGAAGUAUCUAAAAUCCACGAAACAGGAUGUUUCGCUGCCCUAGAAAUACGGGUUAAAUCCGGCGCAACAGCACUGAUAGGAGUGGGAAUUGGGAUCGCCUUCAUAGAGAUCGCUGGCAUCGUGUUAGCUUGUUUAUUGGCAUCAUCAAUCAAAAGAGGCGACGAAGAUAAAUGAAACGAAACAUGUUAAUUUGUUUUCGGAAGCGCAUUGUAAAAUUCCGAUUCGAGAAUGAAAAACAUGAAUAAUAGGGUCAACCUAUAAACCUGAAUUUUCAAAACAAGUUACAUAGGGCGGAAAAAUUUUUUCUGGAAAAUGUAAAUCGAGGUAAAAAAAAUGACGCAAUCGAUUUAUUUCGACAAAUUUUUUAUUAGACAAAAAUUUACAGCACAUUUUUUUAAGCAGCGUUUUUCUUAGGAAAGAAUAUAAAUUAAAAAUGUAAAAAAUGGUUUUCUGCCUUUUCAAAAAAUAUUGUUUUAAAUCCCAAAAAACGUGUUCCAUGCGCAUUUAAACAAAUUUUGACUUCAACAGAAAACAUUGAUUUAAAUUCACAUUUACGCAUUAUUUUUCACUCAAAAAACUCUGCUUACAAAAAAAUUGUGCAUGAUUUUUCGUUUCAUAGAAAUAUGAUAAAAAAAAAUAAACUUUGACCAUAAAAAUUCGAGGGUCAAAUAUCCAUCCACAUAAAACUGUUCCGCACUAUGCCGUUUCUUCUUUCAAAACUUUGGUGCUUUUGUUCCAACCUGAUGAUCAAAGCCCGAGGCUUCAAAAAUUUAAAUUUAACUUUAAAAAAGGUUGAAAAUUAUUUAUUGUUUUUCUUUACUUCAUUCAUUUUCAAAUUUUCAAUUUUGAGUGAUUUUAAAACUGCUAUUACCAUGCACUAAAAUCAGAAGAUAUAAUCAUGGCUUGCUAUUUUAAUUUUAACUAUUUGACAGAACUUGAAAAAUUCCACUUAUCUUCUAUCAAUAAAAAAAAUAUAAUUGUAAAGGUAUCGUUUUGUAAAAUUGAAAAUUUGAAGGGCCAACUGAAUAAUGUUCUACAAUACGCAUGACAAAUUUACAUGGCCGUUGGUACGUGGACCAACAUUACAGUACAAAUAAUAAGAUUUUAUUGGUACACAUUGACACUGGAAAAUGAAAAAAAAAUUAACAUUUGUCUUUGAAGUUUUAUCCUUGUGAUUUUUUUUACUAACGCAUGAAUCUUAAGACAAAUUAGUUUAUCUUCAAAGACAUUGUACAUGCAGUAAACCUUUUUAUUGUAAAUAUUAAAAACGAUUGCAGUUGUUCUCAUUCAUGAUAUUCAGAAAUAGGUAUACUGAUACGUAAUGAUUAAACAAGUCAACAUUAAAAUCUUAACCGCUACUCGACAAAAUAUUUGGCUUGAAUUAAAGAAAUCAAUUCUUCCAUAUAUGGUUUUUUAUCUAACCAAAAGAAAUGCAAAAAUGUUUAAAUUUUUAUUCAUUCAAAAAAAAAAAAUUUUUGAUGGAGUGCAAUUUUCCUUGGACUGAAGUCCAAUUAAUAUUUUUCUUUGAUUUAAUGAAAUUUUUUUUCAAAGAAAUUUUCUUUAAAUCAAAGAAUCUUAUUUUUGCGUGUGCUUUUUAAGAAGUUAAUAAAUUAGCCGUAACUAUAUAGACUAUGGAGACUGUGUUGUGAAAAAAUUGUAUGAAGAUUUUUCUGUAUCUUUUGAGAAGAGAGUAUGAAUAAAAAUCAAUAAAGCUUUA